AUGUAUCCCUCAUGGCAAACAGCCUUUUUAGGCUUCACCAUCCUCACCUCACUCGCCCACGCCGUCACCCUCAGCGGCUAUGAAUACGUCGUCGUCGGAUCCGGAGCCGGCGGCGGCCCCCUCGCCGCACGCCUCGCCAUGGCCGGCCACAAAACCCUCCUCAUCGAAGCCGGCGACGACCAGGGCAACAACCCCAACUACACCGUCCCAGCGUACUCUGCGAAAUCCUCGGAAGACGAGAAACUCGCAUGGAACUUCUUCGUGCGGCACUACGCCGACGAUGCCCGCCAGGCGCGCGACUACAAGACCUCGUAUGAGACGCCGGAGGGAAAGAUAUACACUGGCCUGAAUCCGCCGGCUGGCAGCAAGAUGCUGGGGACGCUGUAUCCUCGUACGGGGACAUUGGGCGGGUGUACGGCUCAUAAUGCGUUGGUGGCGAUUUAUCCGCACCGCUCGGAUUUUCAGUUUAUUGCGUCGUUGACGGGUGAUGAUUCGUGGGCGCCGGAUAAUAUGAGGAAGUACUUUGUGAGGAUGGAGAAUAAUAGGUAUUUGCUGCCGCUUGCGAGGGGGCAUGGGUAUAAUGGGUGGUUGGACACGGAUCGCGCGCCGUUGACUAUUCCGUUGAAAGAUCCGAAGUUGCUGAGCAUGAUUACGGGGGGGAGCUUCGCACUCGGGAAUUAUACAAAGUUGCUGCCGAAUUUGUUGAAUGUUCUGCUGGGCGAUGCGAAUGAGGAUUCGGCGAGUCGCGACAAGGACGGCGGGUAUUUCCAGAUUCCGCUGUCUGCGGGUAAUGGACGAAGAUUUGGGUCUCGAGAGUUUGUGGUUGCUGUGAGGGACGCGAAGAACUGGGAUGGGAGUAAGAAGUAUCCUCUUGAUGUGAGGAUGAACUGCCACGUUACGAAGGUUGUGUUUGAUGAGACGGGUGAUACGCCGCGUGCUACGGGGGUGGAGUUUCUGGACGGAGCGUAUCUUUAUAAAGCGAGUCCGAGGUCGAAAUCUGCAAAGGGGACGAAGGGAUCGGUUACUGCUUCUAAAGAGGUGAUUGUUGCGGGGGGGACGUAUAAUUCUCCUCAGAUUCUUAAGCUGAGUGGCGUGGGACCAGCGGAUGAACUCACCAAGUUUGGCAUCAAGGUUGUUAAGGAUCUACCUGGCGUGGGCACCAACCUCCAGGACCAUUAUGAGGUUGCUGUACAGGGUCGUGUCCCAUCCGACUGGACGUUUCUCAAGGGAUGUACCUUCUCUGAUCCUGAUCCUUGCUUGGACCGGUGGCAGCAUCCUAUCCUCGGCGAUAGAGGAACAUAUGUGUCGAAUGGCUUCGCUGCCGCUAUGUUGAUGAAGUCCUCGCAGGCAAGUGAAUACGAUGCCUUCAUAUUCGGUGGUCCCGUCAACUUCCGCGGCUACUUCCCCGGGUACAGCUACAACAUCACAUCCGACCACGACCUCUUCACAUGGGCGAUAUUGAAGGGCCACCCGCGCAACAACGCCGGCCACGUGAAGCUCCUGUCCGCUGAUCCCCUGGACACCCCUGAAAUCGUGUACAAUUACUUCGACACCGGAAGCGGGGACUAUGCGUCUGAUUUGACGGCCAUCCGGGAAGCUAUUCGCGUUGCGAGGGACGCGUUCAAGAGACAGCUCGUCAAGGUGGAUGAGGUUUUGCCGGGUGCGAAUGUCCAGUCUGAUAGUGAUGUGGAGGCGUAUGCAAAGGACACGGCUUGGGGUCACCAUGCUUCGUCGACGUGUCCUAUCGGUGCGGAUGGCGAUCCUAUGGCUGUUCUGGAUUCGAGUUUUCGUGUGAGGGGCGUGAAGGGGCUGAGGGUCGUGGAUGCGUCGGUGUAUCCUAGGAUUCCGGGGACGUUUACUGCGCUGUCGACGUAUAUGGUUGGUGAGAAGGCUGCGGAUGUGAUUUUGAGCCAGAAUAGGUGA